CUCUCUUUCAAAGAGAAAAAAAAAAACAUAGUUCCCACUUUUCUCUCUCUCUUUAUCUUUCACAGGGAAAGCAAAACCGCGUAUUGAUUUUUUGUUACAAAUGUACAACAAAGAAGAAGAAGAAGCAGAAAGAAAUUUAUUAUAGCCUCACACUUCAUUAUACCCAAUCUCCAAAACCCAUCUCUUUCUUAUUCUUCUUCUUCUUCAAGAACCCACAAAGAAAACAAAAAAAAAAAAAAAAAAAAAACCCAGUAAUGCUUCCUUUCAGAUUAAGCGUCGUCGUUUUGUUUCUUCUCGUGUCGGCUCUUUUGCCGCCGUUUUGUCUCUGUAUACGGUCGUUUCGCGGAGAUGGGCUUGGGCUUGAUGGGUUGUCGCGGUUUGCCGAAGCGCCGGACUACCGUAACGGAAAGGAGUGCCCGCUGAUGAAGAACAAGGAGUCCUACGUGUCCUCGUGCGACGCGUCGUUUAUCCACAUAGCGAUGACGCUGGACUCGGAGUACCUACGUGGGUCCAUGGCGGCGGUUCACUCGGUCCUGCGACACGCGUCGUGUCCCGAGCACGUGUUCUUCCACUUCGUGUCGGCCGAGUUCGACCCGGCGAGUCCCCGUGUCCUGACCCAACUCGUCCGAUCCACGUUCCCUUCCCUCAACUUCAAGGUCUACAUCUUCCGGGAAGACACGGUGAUAAACCUAAUCUCCUCCUCGAUCCGACAGGCCCUCGAGAACCCGCUGAACUACGCCCGUAACUACCUCGGAGACAUUCUCGAUUCCUGCGUUGACCGCGUGAUUUACCUCGACUCCGACGUGGUCGUGGUCGACGACAUCGUCAAGCUCUGGGAGACCAACCUGACCUCGACGCGUGUCAUCGGGGCCCCCGAGUACUGCCACGCGAAUUUCACCAAGUACUUCACGGACCCGUUCUGGUCCGACCCGCUUCUUUCCCGGGUAUUCUCGACCCGAAACCCGUGCUACUUCAACACCGGGGUUAUGGUCAUGGAUUUGGUGAAGUGGAGAGAAGGGAACUACAGGAAGAGAAUUGAGAACUGGAUGGAAGUGCAGAGAAAGAAGAGGAUCUAUGAGCUGGGUUCGUUGCCACCGUUUUUGUUGGUCUUCGCGGGACACGUGGAGCCCAUACACCAUAGAUGGAACCAACAUGGGCUCGGCGGCGACAAUGUACGAGGUAGUUGUAGGUCGUUGCAUCCUGGUCCGGUUAGUUUGUUACAUUGGAGUGGGAAAGGGAAGCCAUGGGUGAGACUUGAUGUCAAGAAGCCCUGCGAGGUUGACAGGCUUUGGGAGCCGUACGAUCUUUUCAUUCACGGUAAAGAUCGUCAACGACUCGGGUCGGGUUCUGGGUCAUCUACUACUACGACGUUGGCUGGGUAUUCGGGCUAUUUUUUAUGAUUAUUCUUUGUUUCUAUUUUUUGUUACAUUGUUGAAAGAUUCUUUCAUACUUUGUACAUAGAUUGAUUUUUAAUAGAGAAGGGUUUGGUGGGGUUUUUUUUUUUUAAAAUUUUUUUCUUGGUUUAAUUCUUGAUUUUAAUUCAUGGGGGUUCCAAUUCUUUGGAACAAUUUUUGGUGGAUUGAUUUCUUUCAAUGUGUUGUAAUGGACUAUUAUCAGUAUUAUGGGACUGUGGAAAGAUUAUAGAGGAGAAGAAAAAUUGAGAAAUGACAGUCGGAGUUUGUUCUUUUUUA